GUGAAAGCAAGAUCGCUUUACUCCUCUCCUAUUUCACGGAUCUCCUUGCAACGUGCAUUGCACAGCAGGAGGACAUCCAUAGCCUCGACGGCACGGAUCAGAUGCACAACCAGGUGUUAGCUCAACUCAACAACCGCCUCCAGCACCUGGAGCAACGACUCGUCGCCGCCCCCGAUGCCAGCUCCUCCAACACCUCUGAUCGCCUCAAUGCAUUGGAGAUCAACGUCGGCGCCCUCAAGGACGACACGCAGCUACAGCAAACCGCCACGCAACAACUGGAGCAGCGAAUCUGUGUUGCCGCCGCCAACCCGAGUUUGGCACCGCGCGAGACGACUCCAAGGUUCGAUGAUCAGGAGAUCUUCUGCGAUUCGACGAAGACAGACCCGAUUUCAUGGUUCCGCAGGUUCGAGCUCAAGUUGCAGUUACACCACGUCGGCGAGGACAAGCAUCACACGUACUUAUACUCCCGGUCGGGGGGCGCGUGCCAAGCAUGGUUGGACAAUCUCUUGUCCAAGUACGGGGUGGUGGUUGCCGACUUGUACACCAAGAUCAGUUGGGAAGAUAUAAAGGCGGUGUGGCAUAAGCGGUUCCAAGUAGAGCCACCGGAGAUGAAGGCAAUGGACAAAUUAAUGACCUUCGAACAAGGCACGCUGCCCAGUGGGCGACUUAUCGUCUUCAAGUGGUUCUUCACGGGAUUCGGCGCGCGGGUUCAACGUAGAGAUCUUGGAACCGCUCACGUCGGAGGAUUUCGCAUGGCUUCCUCUCCCGACCACGGGCCGCUUGCCGGGACCGCAAUGCGCAACAUUAUCCACUCAUCUUCACACGUUCUAUCCUUCUAUGCACCACCAACUUCGCCGAUGGAUGACGAAGUCGCCGUGGGGGACAUCCUUGCGUAUGUUACCAAGGUGGCCAGCGAGUUUCGCAAGCAGCGGUACGAUGACAACAACGCACCGCUCCUCUAUGUCUGCAUCCAAGUUGGGCAAGCGUCCUACAACGCUUUGCUGGAUAGCGGCGCGUCUCGCAAUUUCAAGAGCCAAGCCUUUAUGCAGAGGGUUGGCCUUGGCGCACAAGUUCGGAGUAACGCAAACCCGGCGGCGAUCAAGUUGGCGGGCGGAAGGACGGAGCAACUUAUCGACCGGUACAUUAAGGUCGUACCAGUGUAUUUCGCACCUCAUGCAUGCGAACCGGUGACGUUCGACAUUUUGGACAUGGACUUCAACAUUAUUUUGGGAAUGCAUUGGCUUGCAAGUGCGGAUCACACGGUCAACUUCCACUGGCGGAUUCUUACCGUUCGGGACGCCUUCGGCGCCGAAGUGUCGUGUACUAUUCCUCUUCCACACCCUUCGAUCCGAUGCCAAGUGGUGGCGUCCAAGUUGUUCCGGGAUUCUUGCGCUUACGAGCAGCCCGACAAGAUAGGUCUAUGUUUCCUACGGACUGUCGCGGUAGCCAACUCUUCACCCACGGACUUGUCUUCGAACCCCUGUGUGGUACCGUUGCUUGACGAGUUCGCCGACAUCUUCGAGUCACCUACCGGUGUGGUGCCGGAUCGGCCGAUCUCUCACGAGAUCAUUCUUGAGGCCAGUGUCGUGCCACCAGAAGGUUGCAUUUAUCGCAUGAGCAAGAAGGAGUUUACGGUCCUCCACGCGCAACUCGAUGACUUGUUGGACAAGGGUUGGAUCCGCUCUAGUAGCUCCCCAUAUGGAGCACCAGUUCUCUUCGUACGGAAGAAGAACAAAGAUCUACGAUUAUGCAUCGACUACCGCAAACUUAACGAGCAAACCGUCAAGAAUGCAGGGCCUCUUCCUCAUAUCGACGAUCUUCUUGAGUGAUUGGGUGGCGCAAAGUAUUUUUCUAAGUUGGAUUUGAAGCG